AUGGCAGUUACAGCAACUUCAAGCUUGCAGGCCGUAGUAGCAAAACCCUCUCUUUUCUCUCAAAGAAUUUUUAGCGGGAGGAAAAAUGUCGGAGUCAAUUCUUUUGGCCUGGGAGAAUCAUGGGCUAGGUUGUCCAGUGCUUGUCACAUAUCAUCCGGACAUCAUUUCAAUCGUACCUUCACGUCGUCUCCCGUUAAGCUUGACAAAAUAGCCACUAAGGCAAUGUCUGAACCUGAUGAAAGCAAGCCUGCUUCCGGAUUGUCCAUCAAUUUGAAAGGUAAAAGAGCUUUUAUUGCUGGUGUAGCUGAUGACAACGGCUAUGGUUGGGCUAUUGCAAAGUCUCUAGCUGCUGCAGGUGCUGAAAUUCUUGUUGGAACAUGGGUCCCAGCACUGAAUAUUUUUGAAACUAGUCUACGUCGUGGGAAGUUUGAUGAAUCACGGGUUUUGCCUGACGGCUCUUUGAUGGAGAUCACUAAAGUUUACGCAUUGGAUGCAGUUUUUGACACUCCAGAAGAUGUUCCUGAAGACAUAAAAGCAAACAAACGAUAUGCUGGAUCCAGUAGUUGGACCGUUAAGGAAGUAGCAGAAUGCGUAAAAAUGGAUUUUGGCAGCAUAGACAUUCUUGUGCACUCUCUUGCUAAUGGGCCGGAGGUAACCAAGCCUCUACUGGAAACGUCAAGAAAAGGAUACCUCGCAGCAAUUUCUGCUUCUAGUUAUUCAUAUGUAUCCUUACUGAAGCAUUUUCUUCCAAUUAUAAACCCAGGCGGUUCGUCCAUUUCUCUAACCUAUAUUGCCUCUGAGAAAAUCAUCCCUGGAUAUGGAGGUGGCAUGAGCUCCGCAAAAGCAGCACUAGAGAGUGAUACAAGGGUGCUUGCAUUUGAGGCUGGACGGAAACAUAAAGUCAGGGUGAACACCAUAUCUGCUGGCCCAUUGAGAAGUCGUGCUGCAAAAGCUAUCGGAUUCAUCGACACGAUGAUCGAUUACUCCCUAGCAAAUGCCCCUCUUCAGAAAGAAUUGUCAGCAGAUGAGGUAGGAAACACGGCGGCCUUCCUGGCCUCGCCACUGGCUUCGGCCAUAACAGGUGCAGUUGUAUAUGUCGACAAUGGUCUGAACGCAAUGGGAGUAGGAGUCGAUAGUCCCAUAUUCAAGGACCUCGACAUUCCCAAAGCCGAGAAUAAUUGA